GGGAAAUGGAGGAGUUGGAGACCCUGUGGCUGACUGGUAUUUGCCACAACGAGAAGAACGAAGUCAUGAGCAGCCAGCUGGACAUCGACAACAUGGCAGGAGUGUUCUACAUGCUUGCAGCAGCCAUGGCACUCAGCUUAAUUACCUUUGUCUGGGAGCACUUAUUUUACUGGAAACUUCGAUUCUGCUUCACUGGAGUCUGCUCAGACAGGCCUGGAUUGCUGUUCUCAAUCAGCAGGGGUAUUUACAGCUGCAUUCAUGGAGUACACAUUGAAGAGAAAAAGAAGUCUCCUGACUUUAGUCUGACCAAUUCCCAAACCAACAUGUUAAAGCUACUGCGAACAGCGAAGAACAUGACCAAUAUCAAUCCUUCGAGAAUUGACUCCCCCAAAAGAACAGCUGAUUUUAUUCAGAGGGGUUCUUUGAUUAUGGACAUGGUCAUGGAUAAGGGAAACUUGAUAUUUGCUGAUAACAGAUCCUUUCAGACAAAGGACAACUUUUUUGGUGACAACAUAAGUGAGCUGCAGACGCUUCCAGGCAAUCGGCACAAGGACAAUCUGAACAACUAUGUGUUCCAAGGUCAGCAUCCUCUCACACUGAAUGAGUCCAAUCCAAACACAGUGGAGGUUGCAGUAACGACAGAAGCAAAAGUCAACUCCAGACCCAGACAGCUUUGGAGGAAAUCUGUUGAAUCGCUACGUCAAGACUCUGUCCGGCAGAGCCAAAGUUCCCAGAGGGACGACGGGUCAGAUGAGAACAGGCAGCAUUCAGUGAAAAGCCAAAGAUACCUUCCUGAAGAGAUUGUCCAUUCAGAUGUGUCGGAGACAUCCAGCAGAGCUACUUGCCAUAUGGAAACUGAAAGCAACAACAAGCACCACAAAACCAAGGACAACUUCAAGAAAAGGACAGCAGCAUCAAAAUACCCAAAGGACUGUAGUGACGUGGAACUGACAUAUCUGAAAACCAGACAGAGCUCUCCACGGGAUAAAAUCUACACGAUUGAUGCUGACAAGGAGCCAGGAUUCCGCUUGGACACACCUCAGUACAUUGAAAACAUCGUCCUGCCAGAAACUGUAGAGUUCCCUGAUGUUUAUCAAGAUCACAAUGACAACUACAGGAAAGCUGAACACGCUAACAGGACUCCCUUGCAUAAUGAAGACAGUCUUCCAAAUAACGACCAGUAUAAACUUUAUGCAAAGCACUACACUUUAAAAGAGAAAAACGCUUCCCUAGGUGACAUGAAUGACAGGUACAGGCAGAAUUCCACCCACUGCAGGAGCUGUCUGUCCAACAUGCCCACGUACGCGGGACACUACUCCACCAGAUCUCCCUAUAAAUGCGACGCUUGCUUGCGGAUGGGGAACCUCUAUGACAUUGAGGAAGAUCAGAUGCUGCAGGACACCACGAACUUAUCACUUCCUGAAGAAAUCUACGAGCGUACUUGGUCCCAAAGUAGCGCUCUGCAAUAUCAUAAAAAAAAUAAGUUGAGGAUUAGCAGACAACACUCUUUUGAUAAUAUCGCUGAUAAGUCCAGGGAAAUUGAUAUUGGAAGACCUUCUCGUAGUAUAAGCUUGAAAGAGCGAGAGAAACUUAUUCAAAGUAGUCCAUAUGCAAGCAUGUUUAGCGUUCCCUCGAGCAAACUGUUGAGCAACAAGGCCUCACUUUUAACUCAUGCUCUGGAGGACAGUAAGCGGAGCAAGUCCCUGUAUGCUGUGCACUCGGAUGACAAUCCCUUCCUGCACACCUAUCGUGAUGACCAGCACUUAUCUCUUAGGCGAAGUCCAGCUGAUCUUUAUAAACAUUCAUUACCAACAAGAGGAAGAAAUGAUAAUUAUUUAAGGUCAUCUAUACAGUCUACAGCAUCAUACUCUUCCAGGGAUGGUCGGAUCCAUAAUGACAUGUACAUUUCAGAGCAUGUUUUGCCUUAUGUUGCAAAUAGGAAUAGCUUGUACUCAACUCCAAGGGUUUUAAAUUCCUGUAGCAAUACACGUGUGUAUAAGAAAAGGCCUAGCAUUGAAUCAGAU